ACUUCCGAAUGUGAGUUUUCCCCCUUUAAAGUAUAAACUAGAAAUGCGAUUGUAAUUGCUGACUCAUUACUUUAGCCGGUGUUCACGACGGCGGCCAUGUUUGGUGCUAUUGUGGCUUGGAUAUGGAGAAAGUGGAAGGUGUCGAGCUUCGACCUAUACGGCUAUGCUGUCGCUGCUGGCUUCAUUGCAGGCGAGGGUCUCGGAGGUGUCGUCGGUGCCGUUCUCCAGAUUGCCGGUGUAUCGGGUGAUGUUCUCGGCACUACCGUCGCCUGCCCUGCUGGCUAUUGCUAGUCAUUUUUCUUUACGAGCUUCUUAUACCCCUGAGAGUUGAGAGCGAGCGGA